AUGCUCCUUGGUGACGGGAGAGGUGGUAUUGCCCAUGAAAUGCGAAUAUCUCCUAAUGAGUUUUAUAAUCCACAGCACGUGGUAGUUGGGAACUUUAAUGGAGAUGAUCGUUUAGACUUUGUUGUGAUCGAUUAUUUUCGAAUCUAUAUAUUUUUUGGAUCUGCUGAUGAGAGUUAUCUGGACAUAGUAACUUAUCCAACUGGAAACAAUUCAUUUCCGGCAUCUCUUAGUCUUGGUGACCUGAACAACGAUAAUCGACUUGACAUUAUCGUUGCAAAUUCAGGUACCGAAAAUAUUGGCGUAUUUCUUGGAAAAGACUAUGAAAACUUUGAAGUUCAGUAUGUACUAUCUACUGGAAGAUUUUCGAAGCCAUAUUCUCUUGCUCUUGGUGAUUUCAACCACGACAAUCAUUCCGAUAUUGCUGUAGCUAAUAGUGGCACAGGUAAUGUUGGUAUAUUUUUAGGCUAUGGUAAUGGUAGCUUCGCAUCACAAACGACGAAUUUCAUCGAGUCUGGGUCUGUUCUUGGUUCACUCGCUACAGGCGAUCUCAACAAUGACACUCAACUUGAUAUUGUUGUGACUAACUAUUACUCAAGCAACCUCAUUAUUCUUUAUGGUGCUGGAGAUGGCACUUUUGUAAAUAAAACAAUCAUUACUAUGGAAUAUCAUGCUUUUCCAUCGUUUGUUUCACUUGCGCAUAUUACCAAUGACUUAUUUCUUGAUAUAGUUGUCACUAAACAGGGUUUUGGAAAUCUCGAAAUUCUUUCUAAGAAAUGCUUACUCUAG